AAGAAGAAGAAGGCUGAGGCCAGGGCAGAUGCUCAGGAGGGAGGGGAUGAGGCGGCAGGGCGGGUGGGUGCGAUCGAGGGCCUCACACGAGCCGGACACCGGGCACUGGCCCUGGGCGCCGGGCAGGAGGCAGUGGGGUGCUUCAGGAAGGCCCUGCUCCUCUGCAGGGACACAGUGAGCCCCCAGCUCCACAGGGCUUGUGCCUUCAACCUGGGGGCUGCCUACGUGGAGACUGGGAAGCCCAAGAAGGGCUUUGAGUUCCUCCUCCAGUCCCAACCCUCAGAGGCGGAGAGCGGGGACCACUCGGGCAGCCUUUAUUUCAGCGUCGGGGCGGCUCACGAAGGGCUCCAGGAUUUUCCAAAGGCUCUGGAGUGUUUUGAGAAAGCCUCCGGCCACGGCAGCGCUGCCGAGGCUGGCAGCCGAGCGGGGACCUGCGUGCAGAUGGGCUGCUGCUACCUGGGCAUGCGGGAGCCGGCGCGGGCCGCGCGGUGUUUCCUGGAUGCAGCACAGGCCUACGCGGCGGCGGAGAGCCCCGGGGCCGCGGCCGUGGCUCUGAGCAGGGCGAGCGGCUCCAUGCUGCAGAGCCGGCGGUUCCGGGCGGCAGAGAUCGCCGGGGUGCUCGCCCGGUGCCGCUCACUCUGCGAGGCCAUCCCCGACCUGGCCCUGCGAGGGAAACUCUACAACGACAUCGGCCUCGGCUACUCGCAGCUCCACAUCUUCUCCCUGGCUGCCGAGAGCUUCGAGCAGGCCCUGGGGCUGUGCGCUGGGGAGCUGGACCGGCAGCAGGAGGCUGCGCUGCUGCAGAACCUGGGCGCUGCCCUCAACGCCCUGCGCAGCUUCGGCCCCGCGCUGGGCUGGCACCGGCGUGCGGCCGCGCUGCACGGCGCUCUGGGGAACCGCAGGGCUCAGGGGCAGAGCUUUGGGAACCUGGCGUACGCCUGCAGCCAGCUCGGGAAGCACGGGGCUGCCGCGGAGAGCUACCUGCACGCCCUGCAAGCCUUCCGGGACUCGGGGGACUUGCAGGGGCAGUGGCAAGCGUGCGAGGGGCUGGGUGCAGCGUGCUUCCACUUGGGAGACCCCCAGAAAGCCAUCGGGCACUAUCAGGAGGCCCUGAUUUUGCUUUCCCGCUGUCAGGACAGCCCCAGAGCUGCCCACAAACGGGUCGUGCACAAGCUCACAGAUGCCAUCCAGCACCGACUCCACCUCGGCCACCUGUCCUACCAGGAGGGCUGGGCACCCAGCCCAGCCCUGGAGCCCAGCCAGCUGCGGUUUUGCUCCACAGUGCCCCGUGCCAGUAGGACACAGCUCCAGGGGAGCAAGGUGGGGAAAGCCCAGGCUGAGGACGAGCUGUACUGGCGUACCCCAGGAGCACAUCCCAGGUAUUCAGGUACAAGAGUGGCCCUGACUGGUGGUCUCACGUGGGAGCCUUGCAACCCAAGUGGCCUCCUGGGCACCUCUGGGGAGGAUGACGAUGGUCCCAGCUCAGCUCCAGGGUAUCACAGUGAGCCCCAGGCUAACAGCAUGAGGACCACCAGCCCCCUGCCCCCAGCCAAGCUGCCCUAUGCUGGCCUCCAGCUCCGUAAGUACCACAGACAACCAGAACAUUGCUUCUCCAGUGAGCCCAGGCCUGAGGGUCUCACACUGCAUCCCACAGGGCACCAAAACCACCAAACCCUCCAUCCAAGGCCUCCAGAGAGCCUUGACGAUGACCCCACUGCCACUGCUGCGGGCUGCUGGUCCCGCCGGGGACCCCGCACGGGCACCAGGACUCUGUCCCUCGUCUGCAGCCUCGUGUGAGCAGGAGGACAC